ACUUGUCAAAGAUCGUGUAUCAAUGACAGGAUCUUUUUGCUGGGUUUAAAAACCUGCUGAAAAAAAACACACAACUUGUCAAAGGUCCUCUAAAUGUGACACGAUGCUCUUCUGUGAAUUAUUUUGGACCAAUGCUGCAAUGAUCUUCAUGUUUUUUCCUUUUGUUUGAGGUGAAAAAGGCCCAAAGAGUUCCUGGUGUCCUAGAUGUUGGACAUAGAUGCACACCUGCUGUGCGUCCAUGUGCGAGUACAAAGGCAGCAAAGUGUGAUGUCGACACAAACAAGUCUUUGCAUUCAUGAAUGACGUAAUUCCUCAUAAGAAGUUGAUCCACGGUAAAUCCCGGCAGGUUGUUGCAUGCAGGACCAGCAGGAAGGACGCGAGACCAGCAGGGAGGACUCGGCCGACGACACGAAGCAGAUCAAAAAAGCACAAGAAAAAGGAAAAGCAACAAAGUCAGCGACGGGACUCAAAGCAGGAAAACCGAUCCAGACUCCGGACUCUCCUUUGGAGAUCUUCAUCAUCUGUGCACAAGGAGUCUGCAGAUUCUUCCACACACCAAAAGACAACACUGACACAGGAGUCAGGGCAGAGGAGCACAGAAAGUGAGAGGGGAGAGGCCUCUACUGGAAAGUAAAGUGCAGCCGAGCAAUCCAUGGUGUCGGUCGUGUUCCAUAAAAUACACACAACGCAGAGGAAAAGACCACCGGUUACACUUGGUGCGGUACGACCCGUUGCAUCGCCGAACAGCGCUCGUCUGGUGCCCGGGAAAGCUGCUGGAGUUUCCCGCCCGCUGCACUCGGCUGCUCCUCCCUCCCUCUCCCUUCCUGUCGCCGAGGACAACGAGAACGCAUCACCGAGAUGGAGAGAUAUUCAAGACGAUGGAACCUGAGACUGCAUGGUGUGGCCGAGCGUGUGGAGGACAGAGAUGUACGUGAAGAGGUGAUCCGAGUUUGCCAGGCCCUGCUGCCAUCUGAUGCUGAACGGCUCCCGAAUGUUAUCGACACCGUGCACCGCGUUGGAGUGAAGAAGCCGAAAGGACAUUCAGCAGAUCUUGGGCCGGUUAUCUCCACGCCAUCUGGAAGUGAUGGAGGCAUACAUGUAUGAGAAGGAAGAGGCCGGAAUCAUCGCCCAGAUGGAGAAGCAAGAGGCCCAGAAGGAGAUUGACGAAUUAAAAGAGGCCGUACUCUUCGCCUUGAUGGAGAAGCAAGAGGCCCAGAAGGAAAGACAUUCAGCAGGUCUUGGACCUGUUAUCUCCACGCCAUCUGGAAGUGAUGGAGGCAUACAUGUACGAGAAGGAAGAGGCCGGAAUCUUCGCCCAGAUGGAGAAGCAACAGGCCGGAAUCCUCGCCCAGAUGGAGAAGCAACAGGCCGCACGCCUCGCCCGGACGGGGAAGCAAGAGGCCCAAAAAGAAAAUGAGCAGCCGUGCCAGCAACUUGAGGGUUCCAGGUUCGAUCCCCACUUUCACCAUCCUAGUCACUUCCGUUGUGUCCUUGGGCAAGACAGGUGCACGUCUUCGCAGGUGGGAGGGGCCAAUCCCCAUAAAAGCAUAGAAUUGAUAAAAAGCAACCAAACAUUUUGUCAAUCAUUUUUUAUUGACUACAAUGUGGGACAGCAGCAGCACUCAACCCAUGGUACCUGUCAAGUCAAAGUACAGAGCAGCACAAACACCACUGAUUUGUAGAGCACACUCCAGGCCUGAAGGGGCAACAGUGAGAGCUGAACAUCUCCACCUGCUUCCAACAGAUUGGUGUGAUUGAAUUCACCUGUUCAUCUGCUCAGAGUACAUGCUCAAAAUGUUUGAGCUCCAGUCAGUCACCCCUUUUUGACAUGCUGCUAAGAGGAAGGAAGACAGCUCCUGUGUGGACUCACAAGACGCAACUGGUGAAAAAGGCCCAAAGAGUUCCUGGUGUCCUAGAUGUUGGACAUAGAUGCACACCUGCUGUGCGUCCAUGUGCGAGUACAAAGGCAGCAAAGUUGUUGCAUGCAGGACCAGCAGGAAGGACGCGAGACCAGCAGGGAGGACGCAGGACCAGCAGGACCAGCAGGAAGGACGCAGGACCAGCAGGAAGGACGCGAGACCAGCAGGACCAGCAGGGAGGACUCGGCCGAGGACACGAAGCAGAUCAAAAAAGCACAAGAAAAAGGAAAAGCAACAAAGUCAGCGACGGGACUCAAAGCAGGAAAACCGAUCCAGACUCCGGACUCUCCUUUGGAGAUCUUCAUCAUCUGUGCACAAGGAGUCUGCAGAUUCUUCCACACACCAAAAGACAACACUGACACAGAGGACAACAUGAGCACUGGAAGGUUCCCAAGUGGAGGCAGAGACAAGUACAGGCUGCACAUGGUGACGUGGAACGUGGCCACCGCGGAACCCCCUGAUGACGUCACCUCGCUGCUCCAACUGGACGUACAACCCCCCACCGACCUUUACGUGAUCGGGCUGCAGGAAGUGUGCGCCACGCCCGUCAGGUUCAUCUCAGACCUGAUGGCGGACGACUCGUGGAGCCACGUCUUCAUGGACACGCUGGCCCCGCGAGGAUUCGUCAAGGUGGCGUCAAUGAGGAUGCAGGGUUUGUUGUUGUUGGUCUUUGCCAAACAAGCCCACAUUCCUUACAUCCGAGACAUCCAGACCACCUUCACCCGCACCGGAAUCUUCGGCUACUGGGGCAACAAAGGUGCGGUGUCUGUGCGCUGUUCCUUCUACGGCCACAAGGUGUGCUUCCUCAACUGUCACCUGGCGGCGCACAUGAACUACGCCCUGCAGCGCGUCGACGAGUUCGAGCACAUCCUGGAGACGCAAGACUUUGACGUCGCCGACACGCCACGAGUGCUGGACCACAAGCUGGUCUUUUGGUUUGGAGACCUGAACUUUCGUAUCGCAGAUCACGGCUUGCACUUCCUGCGCUCGUCCAUCAACGGCGGCCGUGUUAACCUGCUAUGGGACAAAGACCAGCUGAUCAGCAUGAAGAAGAAGGAGGCGUUCCUACAGGAGUUUGAGGAAGGGCCACUGAAUUUCAAGCCCACCUACAAGUUUGGUCGUAACUCUGACGCCUAUGACAUCAGCGCUCCAAAAUCAUGUGGCAAGAAAAGGAAGCCAGCCUGGACAGACCGCAUCUUGUGGCGCAUCAAACCCAAGAACGUGCCGUUGGACGACGACGACGACAAGGCGUCCGCCUCUACAGAGGACGACCUGGACGAGUACCCCCUAGUGGUCAGCCAGGACAAAUACACCAGCGACAUGAGCUACGGCGUCAGCGACCACAAGCCUGUCAUGGCCAGCUUCAGCUUGGAGCUGAGGAAACACUUUGACACUGCGCUGGUCCAUGUGUCUCCGGAGGGUGUUUGGAGCGCCGACCACGAUGCUCUUCUCAACUACACGGUCCAGGAAGACUUCAUGUCCUCAACAUGGGACUGGAUCGGCCUCUACAAGGUGGGGUUCAAGAGUGCGAGCGACUACGAGACGUUCGUUUGGGUUCGUGAGGACGAGCUGCCGGAGACUGACGAAAUCAUCCAGGUAUCAGUGGAUAAAGACGACAUUCCUCUCCUGGGAGGACACUUUGUGUUAGGCUACUACAGCACAAACAUGCAAAGCAUCAUCGGCCUCAGCGCCAACUUCCAGAUCUUGGAAUCCAAGCGUGCCGUCAUGGAGGGCCUCGUUCCAGAGAACGCCAACGGACUCACCAAAUAAACAGCAACUCACUCCAGUGUCUUAUAUCAUUUCAUGUCGAUUUAGUUGAACACACACCUUCUUGUAACAAAUAGCCUUCGAGUAAAUCAUCAAAUAAAAAUGCCAAACUAAGUAAAAAGGUAGUGUUGGAUUGGUUUUGCCUCAGAUUUUUUUGGAUUUGAAUAAUGACAAUAUUAAAGACAUGAUCACGAAUAAUCAUGAAAGAAUGAUGUUAACUAUACUUAAUGGUAAUUUCAGCAUAAAUUAAGUGAUUUUAGCCUUUCCGUUUGCAUGUUAUUAGUCAAGUUGUGUGGCUGUUA